AUGGCUAUCUUGGUCUCAAAGAGAAAGCCAACAACGCCCAAGAAGAAAGAAAACCUUCGUCUCUUCUGUAAAAAUCUUUCUUCUCACUUCAAUAAAUCCGUAAUCUAUCAAAUUCCUCUCACGACUCUUCUCUUAUUUCUUGUUUAUCACUUGUUAUCUUCGACCAUCAUCAUCUCCUCGAGGAAACUCAACGAUCCAAUUGUUGUUUUUAUUAAAGAUGGAGAUAUGGCUUCCCAAAAGAAAGAUACUUUCGCCAGAGUUAGAGUUUUCGGUGAAGAUAAAAAGCGGUAUAAUGAUCAUAAACCGAAGAACAAACCCAAGGAAGAACAAUACCAAUACAUCAAACCUAAGAGUAUAGGAGAAGGAUACGCGUUCAGGGCAGUGAUUAAGUAUCUUCAAGUACAAAGAUCAUGGCUAUCAACUAGGAAAAAUCGCAAAAAUCCAGGAUCUUGUGAAGGAAAAGGACUUUAUGUUUAUGAUUUACCGUCUAAAUUCAACAAAGAUUUGUUGGUUGAAUGUGUUGAUAUGGUUCCUUGGACUAACAUGUGUAAGUUUUUCAAGAAUGAAGGGUUUGGAGAAGCAAUUGAGAAUCUUGGUCAAGGUUGGUUUAGGACACAUCAAUAUGCUCUUGAACCGAUAUUACACUCUAGAAUUUUGAAGCAUCCAUGUAGGGUUUACAACCAAAGCCAAGCUAAGAUAUUUUAUGUCCCUUUUUAUGGCGGUUUCGAUGUGUUGAGGUGGCAUUUCAAGAAUGUUUCGGAAGAUGUGAAGGACCGGUUAGGGAUGGAGGUUUUGAAAUGGCUUGGAUCCAAGGAAUCGUGGAAGAGAAAAUCCGGGAAAGAUCAUGUGUUUGUCCUAGGAAAGAUUUCUUGGGAUUUUAGAAGAAGUAAGAUUCCUUGGGGCUCAAGGUUCCUUGAGUUACAAGAAAUGCAAAACCCUACAAAGCUUCUAAUCGAAAGACAUCCAUGGGAAGUCAACGACAUCGCAAUCCCGCACCCGACUUACUUCCACCCUAAAACGGAUAAGGAUAUCACCAGCUGGCAGCUCAAAAUGAUCAGCAAACCUCGCCGGAAUCUAAUUAGUUUCGCCGGAGGUGCAAGACCCGGUAACCCUAAUAGCAUCCGGUCAAUGCUAAUUGAACAAUGCAGAACAUUUUCUGACCAAUGCCGGUUCUUAAACUGUACUAAUGGAAGUUGUAACAAGCCUGAGAAUGUCAUAAAGCUUUUUCAAGAUUCAGAGUUCUGUCUGCAACCGUCAGGAGAUAGUCCAACGAGGAAAUCGGUUUUCGAUUCACUAAUCUCUGGUUGUAUUCCGGUGAUUUUUAAUCCGUACACUGCAUAUUAUCAGUACGCGUGGCAUCUUCCGGAGGAUCAUAAGAGAUACUCAGUGUAUAUAAACCAAGAAGAUGUGAAGGGAAAGAGAGUAAAUGUGGUGGAGAAAUUGAUGGCAAAGACUCUGAGGGAAAGAGAGGAUACGAGAAGUUACAUUGUUCAUCAGCUUUUGCCUGGUUUGGUAUAUGGAGAUUCUAAUGCUAAGUUUGAAAGGUUUCGAGAUGCUUUUGAUAUUACUUUUGAUAAUUUACUUGAGAAAUCAACAAGUUGGUAUAGAUUGGAUUUUGUAAUUUAUUUGAGAAAAUCAACACUAUUUUAUUGA